GUUCCUUUGCUUUGAUCCGAAUUCUGUCUGUAACAAAUCUUUAUUCGUCUCCCUUCCUCAUCUGCCUUUUGAUUUCGCGCCACCACACACACACACACUCUCUCUCUCUCUCUCUCUCUCUCUCUCUCUCUCUCUCUCUCUCUCUUUCUCUGUUAUCUUUUUCCUCUCUCAACUUUCUCACUGAAUUUUCUCCGAUCCGCCUGAGUUUUUCUUGGUAAGUGGUCCCUAAUUUCCACUUUUCCUCUUCCAUCUCUCUCUCUCUGCUUUGGUUGGAGUGAGAAAAGAAAAGGGAAAGUGUGAGCUUAUUUUGCUUUCUCUUUCUGAAUUUCACACUUUGAUGAUCGAUUGGUAGCAAAAGUUUCUGAUUCUUCCAGGGUUUUAGCUAGAUCUGAGAUUUCUUAACCUUCCUUUGAAUAAUUCUUUCCGUAGUGUUCUUAGUCUAAAGGUGGAUGAGGAUUCUAAGAUUUGGCAAUUAGUCCUCCUGAAAGCAAUAUAGAGCCUCUGGUUUGAGGUUGCAGUUAAUUAUACCAAUAUGGUGAGGCAACAAAGAGCCUCCAAGGUUCAUGAGGACAGAUAUCCCUCGUGUCAUUCCCGUGGAACCUCGGAGCAUAGAGGCAAGGAUGAGCUGGUGAAGCGGGAUAUGUUGGAUCCGCCAACAUAUCUCCGAAGAACUGGAGAUGUCCGUGGAAAGGCGCUGAGGUUUGGGGUUUUGGACUGGAAACAGUUUGAAAACUGGAAGGAUACUAAUGCAGAGGGAACCAAAGGAGCGUGUUGUAGUUAUGCUUCUUCAUACACUGGUUCAGAAGCCGCAAGUUCGUUGGAACUAGAUUUAUCAACCGGUGUUGUCAAAAGAUUGGAGCUAGAUUCGAAGCCCCAAGCAGAAACUUUGAACUCCUCACUUAGAUCACAAGAGUGUUUAGUAAUGAGAAUGGAAGAAAAGGGAAAACUAAAUCACCAACCUCUGAGUAGGAAGCAGAAAGAAGAACAUCAUGCAUCUCAGAAGAAGAAUCUGGUGGAGAAAGAAGAAGGUAAUGCCUCUGAGCUUAGCUCGUGUAUCUCUCCCCCAUGUCCGCUAAUUGUCAGCCGUCAGACAAAUCUAGGGUCAGAGACAAGUUCCAAGCUUUUAUCUGAGGCAUAUAGAACAGGUGAAUGUCAAGAUGGAAGACAUGAUGUCCAAGACGAAUGUUCAAGUCCGGUUAACGUGGUGGAAAGAAACCAGAAUCUCCCCACUGUGACAUCCAAAAAGGGAAGACAUGCUUCUCCUAACCGGCGGUUUAGCUUCAGUUUAAGUCAGAUGGGUAGAAGUUUCAGUUCCAAAGAAAGUUCAAGUUCAACGUCUGUUCCUGCAUUGUCGAGCGCAUCUCAUGCUUCAGCUAAAUCAGGUCCCUUGACAUUCAACGACUCAGUUUACACCAAUCACUCGACCAGAACAAAGCCGGGUGGUCACAGCAGAACUAGAUCAGGUCCUAUAUUGAAACCAAAGACCGAGAAGAAUGUCUCAUUACAAAUGGCUUCAAAGACUUCCAACCCAACAAGACAACCAACCGUGGAGAAGAAGCAGUGCAGCUCAAGAGCCCACGCUCUUCUGCAAUUUACUAUGAGAAAAGGUAUCAAUUUGUUUCAGUUCGUGGUCGACAACAACAGCAACAACGUUCUUGCUGCCACCAUGAAGAGUUCAGAUUCUUCUAUACGGUCUUACACAUUGUAUUCCGUCAACGAAGUCAAGAACAAGAGUGGAAACUGGUUAGGCCGCCACAGGAAUGAAGAGAAAAACCAUCCCUUUGCACAUACAAUCAUCGGUCAAAUGAAGACUGUCAAUUCUCUCACCUCAGAUUUAGCAACCUUCAAAUCAGAAUCUGUUUUGUUCGGUGUUGAGACCAAUGACGAGCUUGCAGCAAUUAUUCAGACGAGAAACAAGAUUCAGAGGCACAGCACAACUACCAUCAUACUCCCGAGUGGAGUUCACACACUGCUUAAAGACGGUAAUGCCCCUUCGCCGUUGAUUGAGCGGUGGAAAUCCGGUGGAGUCUGCGACUGCGGUGGCUGGGACAUCGGUUGCAAGCUCCGUGUCCUCUCUGAUGAUCACAUAAAGUCACAAUCUUUCUUGAGCUUUCAAUUGUUUGAUGAUCAGGAAAGAGACAAACCAGCAUUCAAAAUGGUGACACACGACAAUGAACUCCACUCAGUUGAGUUCGGGGCAUCGAUCUCUCCCUUGGAAGCGUUCUUCAUUUCGCUAGCGCUAAGCAGUCAUCAGAACUGGUGUGAGGAGGAGGAAGAAGCAGUUUUGAUCGGAGAUGGUCUGUUGAAGAGAGAAACAUCGACGAAAUACGCAUCAAACCCACCGGUUUCUCCAAUCGGUCGGGUCUAAAGGCGUUAAUUUUGGCAGAGACGUUUCAGUGAGUGUAAAGAGAAGAUCGAGCAAAGGGCUGAGCUGGCUGGGCUUAGACUGUGUUGGGUUGGGCUUUAAUAUAACUGUAAUUAAGAUCUUUUUUUAUUUUGCCAUCCUGUAAUUAUACGUAUGGUAUAAUUUUAGAAUUUGCUGAAUGUACAAAAUAGUGAAGUGCAUUUCUGAAAUAAUAUAGGGUUAGGAUUUUGCUGAAAA